AUGCAGAAGAGGGACCAGAGCAAGUUGGGCAGCACGGCAGGUGGUGCCAUCACUCCGGCGGCGAAGAGAGGCUAUCCUUUCGGCAGUGGAGGCAGCAACUCCGCCGCCACCGCCGUUGCUGACGCGGCUGCUCCAUCCACUCUCCUUGGUCCAUCUCUCCACGUUCACGGUUCCUUCGCUGAUCAAAACAACAAAAGAAUAGUUGUGGCUCUUCAAAGUGGAUUAAAGAGUGAGCUAAGAUGGGCAAUUAGUGCCCUGACAUUACUCUCUUUCAAAGAAAAGGACGAUGUGUGCACAGAUGCUACUCCUCUUGCUAAUAUACCUGGGUUACUAGAUGCUCUUUUCCAAGUUAUAGAUGGAUUUGGGAAUGAGUGCGAGGCAUUGGGUUCAAAUGAUGUUCUUUCCCAUCCUGGAUUUGGUUCUUUCAUCUCUGAGGCCUCUAUGCAGAAGAAUACAACCAAGCUUCGUCCUUCAGAGUGGUGGUUGGAUGAAGAUGGUCUGUUCCAUCUGGAUGGAGAAGGACGGGCAGAAAAACAGCAAUGUGCUGUUGCAGCUUUAAAUAUCAUUCGCAACUUCUCUUUCAUGCCAGAAAAUGAAGCUAACAGUGGGAUUAGUAUGCGACUGGAGGAUUUCUGA